ACUUGCAGCUGUUGUUAGACAUUAACGAACUGGAAUGAAACUUUGGAAAUUGUGAGUACCGAUCGUAGCUAUAUAAUAUUGUAUAGUGUCUCAAUGUUAGCAAUGAAGUCAUUAAAAAACUCUGAAGGUUUGGCCAAAUCAAACUAGUGAAGCUUGAAUAAGAACGGACGUCUUGCUUGGUAAACUCCCAAACUCAUUCUGACAUUUCGACCUUUUGCUGCACAACUAUACAAUAAUGACUACUGAAUUAAUUAUAUAUCUUGAGCCUUCUUAUGAAGUACGUCAAUACAUCGAAAGCUUUCUCGAGGAAUGUAAAGAAAGAUUUGGACCAACAACAGCCAACAAGUAUGGUUGCCACAUUACAAUGGUCGGUUUUUUCGAUGUUGACAAUGAAGCACAGCAAGAAGACUUGAAAAACAAACUAGACAGUUUGUUAAAAAAAUUCAAGACCACUUCUUUACCCAUAAUUGAAAUUAAACCGUUUUUAGUAACGGACAAGGAAACGCGGGAAUCAGUUCAUCUAUUAUUACCUGUCACAUCACCUGAACCCUACCAUCAAUUGAUGCGCGAGUUAGCAAAAUAUUAUCCGAUGUUGCGCCUAAAGCGAAUAAACCAUAUCAGUUUGGCUUAUUGGGAUGAACCAGAAGCGACCCGUCUAGAGCAAGAACAUUGGAAAAAAUCGCGUAAAGAGAUUUUUCAACAGAUACAGGAGUAUGCGACACAAUAUUUUAAACAAUUGGAUAGCACAAAUAUGAAUUGGGACGUUGUUCUAUACAAACGGAAGGUCAAAGGCGACCAUGUUGGCGAGAAGCAUGUAUUUGAAGAGAUACAGCGAUGGCAUACGCAAAUUACUAAGGAAGAUGGAAGUAAUCAUUAAGAAAUAAAGCUGCCAUUGUGCUCGCUUGCUUUUCGUGUAUAUUGCUUUUUAUACUUAUUAGACGCCUUUUCAGGUCAUCUGUCAAAAUAACUAGAAUU